ACUGUACCCAAUGGGAACUCGUGGGGGGGACCUCAGUCCACCAAUCAGAUCUGUCCAGGUGCGGUGCCCGAUGCCCGAAGCGUGUCUCCUUCCGAUUGGUCAGGCGUAGCAGGUUCUCUCCAAUCAAAUGGCUCCGCGGGCCCCUCGCACAUGGGACCGCCCCUUUGCCUGGGCAGCCUUGGCCUCUAAGGGAAACCGUCCAAUAAACGUAACCAUCCUUUUCGAGAGGUCGCGGCGGAACCACUUCCGGAUCCUAGAGAGCGUUUAUUCCGUGACCAGGGGAAACGGUAGCCAUAGCAACUCGUUCUUCACCCUUUCCCAUUUACGCCUGGGGUCACGUUGGGAGUGAUUCCAGCACGACUUUCGCAGUCAACUUUCUCUUCGGCAGUGCUUCUCGGGAGAGAGAAAUGGUUUUAACUUAAACUAGAUUGUUUUUCAACUUUGAUCCAUCCAUUGGUUGGCAUCUCUCACCUUCCAGUUUCAAUAAGAAACAAUUUGGCAACAAGAUUUCCAUCUGUUCAUAGCAAACAUCAAUAGUAGGAAGACUUAGAAAUAGUGGAGGACAGUGGCUGCACCAGGAUGAAAAUUGUCAUAUUUUAAGUGUGUUGUCAUCCCUGAGCAAGUUGAAAUGAGCCAGAAGACAAACAAGAAUGUAGCAAUGUAUGCCCAAGCCAUUUUAAAGGCCCACAAACCCAUUCAGCCUUACAUCUGCUCGACUCUGAAUGAUUUUCAAGAAGAGAGAGACUUUCUGGCAAACAACAUCUUCCCCCAGCUUAAUGAACUCUGCAAUUCCCGGGGCACCUAUUUCAAAGCUGUGGACCUGAGUUGGUCAGCGUUGGGGGCCCCCAAAUCCCUACUAACCAACCUGUUUAGACAGUAUUCUUGUCUCCACUCCCAGCAUCUGAAGCUCUGUCUCGACUAUGUGAACAGCUGCCUUCCCUUUUUCAUCUGCAUGCUGGGCCAAACGUAUGGAGACUUUCUCCCUGUCUACUCACCUUUCAUGUUCUCCAAAGCAACCGACUUGUCAAGUUUAUCCAAAUUAGAACAGAAUCUCUAUGUUGCUGCAAGAAACGGUUAUCCUUGGGUCCUGGAGAAUCCCAACUGCAGUCUGACGGAGUAUGAGAUCAUUCAAGCAGCAUUUAUGAAUGAGUCUCAAUUUCAGUAUUUUUACUUUAGGACUGAAGCCACACUGCUGAAGAUUUUAGAUGAGGAAAAGGAGGAGAGGCCGCCCUCAGGUUCUACAGUGAAUGAUGAGGAAAAAUUGAAGAUCGGAAAGCUUAAGGCCAAGAUUAUUAGUAAAGGGCUCCCGGUGAGAUUUUAUAAAAAUCUCCAUGAGUUGGGUGAGCUGAUUUUCAAGGACUGGUCGGUUGUGAUAGAAAAAAUUUACCCUGCCACUCUAAUUAUGGAAAAUAUAGACUACAAGCACAGCUUUGAACGUUUCUUUCAUGAAGAGUUUACAGAGAAGUGCAAAGAAGUGUUUGUUAUUUCCAAGCAGUCAUAUAGGACCUUUGAAAUCUUGGAAAGAUUUGCCUUAAAGGAUAUGGAACUUGAUUUUACCAAUACAGCAGCAGGUUCCAGCUUAGAUUCUGUUCUCAGAGUAAAUUCUCUUCCAGCUUACAAGUCUAUUUUGCUCUUGUCUGGUGAACGUGGUUGUGGGAAGUCCACUCUGAUUGCCAGCUGGGUGGAUUAUUUCAAAUAUAAAUAUCCGAGCAUGUUGAUGAUCCCUCACUUCGUGGGAAGCACCUGCGAAAGCAGUGACAUCAUGUCUGUGAUCCAUUACUUCAUCAGGGAAUUACAGUACAGGAACUACGGUACUCAGCUUGAAACGGAUAUUCUUAACGAAGACUCAAAUGUCUUGGUCUUUUCACUUCUUGUAGAAGUGUUCAUUGCUUCUAUCAGUUUAAAGCCAUGUAUACUUGUACUAGAUGGAAUUGAAGAAUUGAUUGGCAUUUAUGGGAUUUCAGGUCAGAAGGCAAAAGAUUUUUCCUGGCUGCCGCGCUCACUCUCUCCUCAUUGCAAAUUUAUCAUGAGCACUGUCUCCUCCAGCCUGUCCUACAGGUCGCUGUGCGCCCGCCCAGAUGUGAGGAUGGUGGAUUUCAUUAGCCCGGGAGAUGAAGAAACAAAAAUAAACAUCGUUAGACAGCAUCUUUCCAUUUCCAGCACAGACUGGUUCCAACAGAGCAGACAAGCUUUAAGGAAGAAACCAAACCUGAAUCCUUUAAAACUCACAAUCCUAGCCAAUGAAUGGAAAGAAUGCAGGAUCUACCGAAAUGAGUUUCAGUGUAUGAGGGAGUAUUUGGAGUUGGUCUCUAUUCAGGAGCUCUGGGAAUUGAUCCUGAAACGCUGGAUUGAAGACUAUAGUUGGACUCUUAAGCCAGAAAAGGCAAAUUCUGGAACUGUGUCUUCGGCGGAAGGGCUGGAGGGCUGGGUGGCCGACGCUCUGUGCUUACUGUGUGUCGCGCACUAUGGGCUGACCGAGGAUGAGCUACUCCAGCUUCUGGACAUGCUGGGCUACAGGAAUCAUUACAAAGUGACCACACUGCACUGGGCUGCCUUCCGCAACGCCACCAAACACUGGGUCCAGGAGAAGCCGAGUGGGGUCCUGUACUUCCGGCACCAGUCCCUGCGCAAUGCUGUGGAGCACAAGCUCCUUGGUGUAGUCACUCCUGUCAGAGAAAGCAGUCCAUAUGCAUCUCAGAACUCAGUGAAUCAGAAGAAAACACAUUUUCACCAAAUCUUGAUGAGAUACUUCCAGCGGCAGACCACUUUCUGGAGAGUGUAUCAAGAAUUGCCGUGGCAUAUGAAAAUGAGCGGGUGCUGGAAUGGGUUGUGCGACUUUCUCUCAAGCCCUAGUAUCACAGACUUUAUAUCAAGAAUCCAAGGCCUGAGCUUCUGGACAAGGCUGCACCUCACUCACUACUGGAGCAUCUUAUUGGAAGCCGGAUGUGAUGUUUCUGGGGCCUAUUUACUCUCGGUGGCCAAGAUUAAAGCAGAUCGGUGCCAUAAAGUGAAGAAGAGACUUACGCUCUCAGUGCUGGAAUGCAGACUUUUUGAGGUUACUGCUGCUGACAAAUGCCGAUUAAUAUUCUGUAUUGGAAGUUUUUUGAAACUUAUGGGCAAGAUCAAUGAAGCAGAAGAGUUGUUCUUGAUUGUUGAGGACAUGCUAGUGGAGAGCCAAUCCGUGACGGAGAUGCUUCUCAAAGUACAGAGCACCAUUGGAGAGCUGUACCUUGAAAUCGGCAUGACUCAAGAAGGGUUCCAGUAUUUCCAGAAAGCGUGGUCCAACCUGCUGUGUUUUCCACUCAGUGACUUAAAAGACAGCCGGAACUUGGUGAAGCAGAAAGUCAGAGUGCUGUAUAACCUGGCAAAGGCAGCGUCUGAGGAAUACUUAAAAGAAAAUGACAUUUUGGGAUAUGCUACUGAAGUUUCCAAGCUAUUGGACAAGGAUCCCUGUGAUCAAGCUACUAUGAAAUACGUCGAAGGUGUUCUGAUGUUCAUUGCUGGAGACACUUCUCAUGCAAAACUGAAACUUCAAGAAUGCUUACAUAUCAGGAGAGGCUUCUUUGGCGAGAAAAACAUGCUAGUUGGAGAGAUUAUGGAAUUUUUAGCAGAUUUACUAUUUUUUCUUCCAGGAGAUAGUGAAAUAUCCCGAAGGAAGCAAGCAACUGAAUAUUACAAACAAGUGAUAAAAAUAAAGGAAAAUGCAGACACUCUGGCCAGCUCCUCGCUCAUCAGGAAGCAGCUGAGCAUCAGCCUCAGCGAUACCUUGUGUAAAUUAGGCAGUUUUACAGGGUCACUGUUGAAGAACACCUCAGAGGCCUCCCGAGAGAAGGGCUCUACUCUCCAGGGUUUGCCAGGGACCUUAUCUUUUCCUGAUUUUAGUAGGCUACGCAAGAACUCUCAUUUUCCAGGGGAAGUUCACUCUUGGGCAGCAUCCACUAAGUCUCAGACUCCUUCAGGGAAACUUCCUGAGGACCUCCGCCAACACUUGAGAUUUCACUGUUACCUGGUGACAACUGCCUGAAUUGCUGCUGUGGGCCCAGGAGAAAGUAAACAUCUCUCACACGGGACGGCAUUGCACAAACCCACCUCUUAGGUGACAGCAAGUAUAAUAUGAAGCAAGAGAAAUAGGACUUAAAUUCAAUUUCAGUAGAAUAAAGAUUAGGAAAAGUUGUGCUCUAGAAGAUUACUUAAGAGGACAGAGGACUGUCUUUGGAUAAAAUUUCUUCCUGUUUCCAGAGGAAGUAAUAAAUAUACCACUUUCUUUUUAAUGUUAAACACUGAAAAUAAAGGAGGAAGACUAGGAAAACUAAUACUUAAAAUCUGAGAACAGGUUUUCAAGAGUGUUGGUGGGACCUUUCCCCCAUCCCCACCCCCAAUUUAUACUCCAUUGGAAAUAGGGAGGGUGUAGCUCCAUCCAGAAGUACAACAUGGCAAUUGUAACUGGUGGUUCUUUCCUAGCUGUAUUUUUAUGGAAAAUCUCCCACAGAACCAAUGUGACAAGGAGAAUAGGGUUCUCUUUUCUUACUUCUAGAAGUUAUGGUCUUGCAUCCCAGGGAUCUGGGUUGGAAUCCCAGUUCUGCUAUUUUUCUGGGCUUGUGGGCAUAACCUCUCUGAGUCUCAAUUUCUUUUUUACCAACCAAGACGGUAUAAUAAAGUCUGCCUAUGGGGGUAUUCUGAACUUUUAAUGAGAUAUUGUACACAAAACAAUGAAUAGAAUGCAAAAUUAAAUAUUAAGCUCCCUCUCCAUCUAGAGCAUAGGUUUGAAGUGGGAAGUGGGUCAGUGAAUUCUCUGCAAUUUAAAUUAACCUAUUCUGGUCUUUCUUCUUCUUUAAGUUGGGAGGACUGAGCAGGCUGGCCCAGCUGCUACCAGCCGAGGAAAGGUCAGGCAGAUUGGGGGUGGGACCGAGGCGAGGAUGCCUUUUUCUGGCAUCCGCUUGUUGCCAGAACGAAGGAGUCUGAUUGCGUCCAAGAAAGUUCUGAGGUCAAGGCUAUAGAUUAGGUCCAGAGUGGGCUGCCAGGGGAAAGGGGCCUGAGGAGUUGAGGUGUGCAGCCGAAAGGGAUCCUGGGGACGGAGGGCAUGAAGUACUGUGUGCAAACGGCACUGGAAACUGACCACUGUGAAAAAUCUCUAUCCCGCAGCAUCAGAAGUUCUUAAAGGGCUUUGCAGACACCUGUGAAUCUGGUUAUUGGCGGGCCAGAGAAUCUCUGAGAAUGGGUUCUGUCUUUGCUACCACACGACACAUUCUAUUUUUCUCCAUUUUUCUUUUUUAAGGCCAGUUAAGGCCAAUGCAACUUGGUUAUCAUGAAGAGGGUGAUUCACAAGUGCCUUCUGCUGAGCUAGAUGGGGGCACUUGGGAACGUCAUAGAGACAUCGUGAAAAUAAUUCAGAAAGAAAAAAACGUAGCUGCAGAUUGCUAAGCAGAGACAACAACUGAAACUCCC